AUGUCUGCUGGUUUGGAAAAUAUCAAUGUUACAUCUGGACGAUCUAUGUAUUUAGCCCCAUAUCAUACAGUCAGUGGUGGAUCAUUAUCUCCACAUUUAGCCGGCAGUGCAUUUCAAUUUAUUGGCAAUUCGUCCGCUUCUUCUGGUGGUGCUGCAGGUGCAGGUGUCGGGGGUGUCGGUACAGUCGGUGGUAGAGCAUCUGUACCUGGUCAACCUAUGGCUAGUCCAGAUGUGAUUAUGUUGACAAGAAUGUUACAAGAAAAAGAAAAUAUG